GUUUUCACCUGGGUAUUGCUUUACGAUUGGCUAGUGGGGAAUAAAUCAAUCACAACUAUAUAUAGUAGUCUUGGCCAAUUUAGAGUUCUUAUCUGGGUAUUGCUACAUAAUCUGUUUGUGGGGUAUAUAAACCAAUCACAACCAUGUCUGUGGGAGAUGCCCUGAGCAAACGUCCAGAUGCAAUCUUAGAAAGAGGAGAAGGAGCCCUUAACAGAGGUCUGGAGCUUAUGGAAACGUAUGGAAUACCCAAAGGCAUUCUGAUGCCUCUGCAAAGCACAGUUGAAGAAGGUGGUGGUGUUGAAGCCACUGGAGACAUCUGGUUGAAGCAGAAAAGUACAGUGAAACAUUUCUUCAAGCUGGCAAGCAGCUAUGUUUCGUAUAGUUCUGAGAUCUCAUGCAAGCUGGAGAAAAACAAGAUGAAGGAUAUCAAGGGAGUGAAGGCCAGAAAGAAGUACAUGCCCAUCAUGUUGCCCAUUCGCGAGAUUGUUGUGGACGAUGAUGAGGAAGAAGGGGGAGAUGGAAAUGGGACUCACCGUGUUAAGAAGAUUCACUUCAAGGCCUAUUCGAAUCUGGAGGAGUCAUUUCCUGCAGAGUAUUUCAAUAACAUGUAGUAGAAAACUCUUUGAAGUUUUUGCCGACUUAAAUGUUAUCGCCAUUUGGGUCUUCCUUUGCACUUCGUAUUCUUAGUAUGCAUGGUUAAUUAAGAAACUUUAAUGAUGUAUUCAGGUGUUUUCAAUGAAUAGAGGUAAGUAGAUUGCUCUC